UUGAAUUCAUUGCAAGAUAUACAUAUUAGAAUGGAAUAGUGGAACCAAAAAUGGAGCCCUUCAUCUCACCCACGACUACUCUGCUUCUUCUCAGCACCUAAACCCAAGCCCUAACUUUUGUCUUUUACUCUGAUGGCUUCCUUCUCUCUCAGGCCGUUUCCUGCCUCUCUCGCCUCUGGUUUUACCGACGUUGGUUUAACUACCGGGAGAUUUUCAACCAAUUUUGGGCAUUCGGGGUUUUGCAAAUCAGCAUCACUAAAGAGAAAUCAGGUGUUGCGUUGGGAAAAUUUCGAAUUGAAUUGUUCGAUUGAUAGAGAGAUGGAUUUGAGCACUUCAGCUUUGAUCGAUGGUGUUUCAGACUCUUUAAAUGCAGAUAUUGAGCUGAAAGAGCCGAGCAUAUCAACUUUACUGAUGAAUUUUGGGGACAUGCUUGAUCCUUAUGAAGCAAUCAGUACUCCACUGUACCAAACAGCUACUUUCAAGCAGCCUUCAGCAACAGAAAAUGGUCCUUAUGAUUAUACUCGAAGUGGAAAUCCUACACGAGAUGUUCUUGAAAGCCUUUUGGCCAAGCUGGAUAAAGCAGAUCGUGCUUUUUGCUUCACUAGUGGAAUGGCUGCUCUGUCUGCUGUAGCCCAUCUUGUUGGGACUGGUGAAGAGAUUGUUGCUGGAGAUGACAUUUAUGGUGGUUCUGAUAGGUUGCUGUCAAAAGUAAUUCCAAAGACAGGGGUCGUGGUGAAACGAGUUGAUACAACUAGUUUAGAUGAAAUAGCAUCUGCAAUUGGUCCCUGGACAAAGCUUGUCUGGCUGGAGAGUCCCACAAAUCCUCGACAAAUGGUUUCUAAUAUUCGUGAAAUAGUUAAAAUGGCUCAUGCUCAUGAUGCUCUUGUCUUGGUGGAUAACAGUAUAAUGUCUCCUGUACUGUCACAACCUCUGGAACUAGGAGCUGACAUUGUUAUGCACUCAGCUACCAAGUUCAUUGCUGGGCACAGUGAUGUGAUGGCAGGUGUACUGGCUGUAAGAGGGGAAAGAUUAGCAAAAGAGCUGUACUUUCUACAAAAUGCAGAAGGGUCUGGGUUGGCUCCAUUUGAUUGUUGGCUCUGCUUACGAGGAAUUAAGACAAUGGCUUUACGAAUUGAGAAGCAGCAGAGUAAUGCACAAACGAUUGCUGAGUUUCUGGCGUCCCAUCCACGGGUGAUGAAAGUUAACUAUGCAGGCCUUGUUGAUCAUCCUGGACAUGAUUUGCAUUUUUGUCAGGCUACAGGUGCAGGAUCUGUGUUGAGCUUCUUGACUGGCUCAAUUGCACUAUCAAAGCAUAUUGUCGAAAGUACCAAGUACUUCAGCAUAGCAGUCAGUUUUGGGAGUGUGAAGUCUCUCAUAAGCCUGCCCUGCUUCAUGUCUCAUGCUAGCAUACCAGCUGAAGUGCGCCAGGCCCGAGGUUUAACUGAAGAUCUUGUUCGUAUAUCAGUUGGGAUCGAAGAUGUGAAUGAUCUGAUUGCCGAUUUAAACCAUGCACUUAGAACUGGACCUGCAUGACAAUGUUCAUUCUAGUUUGACUGUUAAAGAACAACUACUUGCAUCUGCCGCAAAAUGCGUGCAUAUAUGCUGAAAUUUAUGGAAGCAGUUAGUUUUAGCAGCAAUUCUUAUAUGAUGUUUUGCAGUCAUCUCCCAAUUUUAUUUCUGUAGCUUUGGAUGACCAAUGAUAGCAAAUAGUUUGAGUGUGAUUCAUUUUGAACCAA